CUGGGGCGGGGAAUCCCGUAAUGGCGGACGCGAGCCGGCUGUCCACGGCUGGGGGCGUAGCGCACUAAGGGGGGUCCAGCAGUGUGGCAGCCGGCGCGGCGGCCCGCGGGAACAGACCAGGGCAAAGAAGGCCGGCUAGCGGGCCCUUUUGUCGCUGAGGGCGACUGCGCGAGACCAGGUUGUUUUUCAUCAUUUAGAACAUUGCCUGAAGCAGGUCCACCAUGCCGCUAGUAACGAGGAACAUCGAGCCAAGGCACCUGUGCCGUCAGACGUUGCCUAGCGUUAGAAGCGAGGAGCUGGAAUGCGUGACCAACAUCAGCCUGGCAAAUGUCAUCCGACAGCUGGGCAGCCUGAGUAAAUAUGCAGAGGAUAUUUUUGGAGAGCUCUUUACUCAGGCAAAUACCUUCGCCUCUCGGGUAAGCUCCCUUGCUGAGAGGGUUGACCGCCUACAAGUUAAAGUCACUCAGCUGGAUCCCAAGGAAGAAGAAGUGUCGCUGCAGGGAAUCAAUACCCGGAAGGCCUUCCGAAGCUCUACCACGCAAGACCAGAAGCUUUUUGACAGAAACUCUCUCCCAGUGCCUGUCUUGGAAACGUACAACACCUGCGAUGCCCCUCCACCUCUCAACAACCUUACCCCUUACAGGGACGAUGGGAAAGAGGCACUCAAAUUCUACACAGACCCUUCGUACUUCUUUGAUCUUUGGAAGGAGAAGAUGCUGCAGGACACCAAGGAUAUCAUGAAAGAGAAGAGAAAGCAUAGGAAAGAAAAGAAGGAUAAUCCAAAUAGAGGGAACGUAAACCCACGUAAAAUCAAGACACGUAAGGAAGAGUGGGAGAAAAUGAAGAUGGGACAAGAAUUUGUGGAAUCCAAAGAAAAGCUGGGGCCUUCGGGGUACCCACCCACCUUGGUGUACCAGAAUGGCAGCAUCGGCUCUGUUGAAAAUAUGGAUGCAAGCAACUACCCACCACCACCACUGUCAGACUCCACCUCUCCACCUUCUUCCUUCUCAGAGGACAGCUUGCCUCCGCCUCCCGUGGAAUUCAGCUACCCAGCAGACAACCAAAGGGGUUCUGGCUUAGCUGGACCCAAAAGAUCCAGUUUGGUCAGCCCAAGCCAUCCACCACCAGCUCCUCCUCUGGGCACUCCACCAGGCCCCAAGCCUGGCUUUGCUCCACCCUCUGCCCCUCCACCUCCACCUCCAAUGAUAAAUGUCCCACCCCCACCGCCACUUGGAGAAUUUGUAUCCCCAGUGACCCCACCACCACCUUCACCACCCUCUUUCCCACCUCACCCUGAUUUUGCUGCCCCUCCACCUCCUCCCCCGCCACCGGCAGCUGACUACCCAACCCUCUCACCACUUCCCUCAUCCCAACCAACAGGAGGGGCUCCUCCUCCUCCCCCUCCGCCCCCUCCUCCUGGGCCACCUCCUCACCUUUACUAUGAUCCAGAUGGCCAGCCUGCUGCACCACCACCACCACUUUCUGAUACACCCAAGUCCAAGUCCUCCUUGCCUCCUGUGAGUGAUGCCCGCAGCGACUUGCUUUCAGCCAUCCGUCAAGGAUUUCAGCUGCGCAAGGUUGAGGAACAGCAGGAGCAAGAGAAGCGGGAUGUUGUGGGCAAUGACGUGGCCACCAUCUUGUCCCGUCGUAUUGCUGUUGAGUACAGUGACUCAGAAGACGACUCCUCCGAGUUUGAUGAGGACGACUGGUCGGAUUAAGUCGUUCUGCCUGCUCCCACCUCUUUUCUUCCUACCUGCCUUCCUCGAUGCCUGCCCCAGCAGUCCCCUGGGGGGAAAGGGGAGGAAAAAAGAGAAUAUCAAGAGGCCAAAGCCGUCCCUGAAGCUACCAAAGAUAUAUCCAAGCGCUUCCUCCAAAUCAGCAUGUAUCUCCCACCUCCCAUGGUCAGGCCCCACGGGGCGCCUGAGGUGUUCCCUCUUCCCUUCAAGUGACUGUUGCAUAUUGGAGAGAAGGGAAAACCCCAAAGCUGAUCCUUUUGAGUAGGUUUGAAGUGGAGUUGGUGCCUUUCCCUAGGAGCCAUUUUCAACUGUGGUCUCCUCCCAAAAUCCUUGCCCUCAGCCACUUCGAAUAAUGCCAGCUACCUUCUGACCCUAAAGCCUGCAUGGACACAGCUGGCCCCUUUCCCGUGCACUGAGAGGUCAGCGCGGGCUGCAUGCCCCAACAGCCAGACUGCCGCACCCUUCUGCCCCGGUCAGCAGGGUGAGGCUGCCUUUUGCUAGGCUGUUUGUGUAUCUGGAUCCCCUUUAUUCCAGGAGCCAUCGUGCCCCUAAAGAAAGUCUCAGCCCCUCUGCCCAGAAAUGACGCCUUUCUGAAGACUGAGGUGGCUGCCUCCCUCCCAGGCUGCCUCUCCUGAGUAUGGUGUUUGGGUGUCCUUUACAUGCCCUUUUCUCACCCUCAGAUGCCUCUGGACACUGUAGCCCAGUUAUGACCUCUUAAUACGUAUGACCAAACUGGCCCUGACACACAGGGAUCUGGGCCUCUGCUGGAUGUCAGGAGCCGAGCUUAAGACUUGGGACUGCAGGACGGGGAAGAUGGGGGGACUACUCGGUCCUGCCUUUUUAAUGAUGCUAACGUCUAGAGAUGGGAACUGACUUGCUCAAGGUCACACAGUUGGAUCGUGACAGGGCUAGAGCCCAGGGUUUCUGAUUCCAAGUCACCUGUGCUUUCUGGGACCAAAUAGUGGACACCUGCUGGAGCCUGGGCAGAGCAGCCUUGACUCUGUGCUGCUCCAGACCUCACCGUAGGUGAGGGUCCCAGCAGGAGGGCCCAGGGCCUGUGCCAGGCUCGUCAGUGCUGCUCAGACCCUUCUGUGUAGCCUCAGAAAUCUUUGCUUCCUCUUUGCGACCACUAGCCACCCACAUGGCCUUGGGAGCUGCCCCUCUGGGGAACUAGAGGUAGUGAGAGAAGGAAGGGGGUGGGCAGCUUUGACAGGUGCUGUUUUCAAUUCCUCUGCAACUCCUCCCCCUUUUAUUUCCCCAAUUUAAGCGUAGGUUCUGCCAACUGUAGAAACCUCAGUCUCUCGAGCUGGCAGCCACCGCAGGUAGCUGCCUGGGGGGCCUGGCAGCCGUGAGGAGGGCUGAAAAGCAGAGGGGCUCUGGGUCUUGUUUCCAGCUCCCCUCCUCACUACACACGGGGAUGUUCCCUCCCUCCCUCCCUCCCCUUUUUUCCCAGAGCUAAUACACAGGUGCUAUUAUUCAGAAAAAACUGGUCAGCUUUGGCCGGCAGUGAGGCUUCUUCUCUUCUGCCCUAACUAUUGUGCCUUCUCUUCUGCUGAAACCGGCUUCUCCUGGCUUCUCCUGCUUUCAGAGCCCUGAAACAAAGAGAAACAGGAUCUGCCUCUACCCGGCACAGCAAAUGGUUGUAGUAAUUGCCAAAGCCUUCAUAAACCCCUCCGGCUCGAGGAGAGUGUGUAAUCAUGGGUACUGCCGCUGUGCCCUGGCUGAAUGCUCCCCCUCUGCCUUUUUCCCUUGAACUAGGGCCGAGACUGAGCUUGUAGGGCCAGCGUGCCCUCCUGUUGGGACUGCUCUGGAGUGUGCCCUCCUCCCUCUCCCCAGGUCAGGUGUCCCUGGCACGGGGCCAGCACCUGGCUCUGGUGCUGAGCAUGCUGGGCUGUGUGUGCCCCUCCCUCUCUUCCCACCUUGCACUUCGGAAGCUGAAGGCACAUUUUUCAGAACCCUAAAAUGGCCGUUGAAGGUGCCCCUGGCUGCAGCCCAGGAGGGGUUGGAGAGACAGGCAGAGGGCAGUGGUUCUCCCAAAUAGGAGUCCUGGGGCCUGGCCAGGCCAGGGUUUGGGCCUAAUGGCUUUGACUAAAUCACCCCCACCCCCCUCCUUUCCGGAAAAAGGGGGAGCCAGUGCCAUUCUGACCUUGAAGGGGGUGGUGUUAGCCUGGCUUCUGGAAUGGACAGUCCAGGAUGGAAAGGUCUGGGGGCGGGGUGGGGGGGGGCACUGCUUGCAGAAGGUAGGAUUAGAUCAUUAGCUCAGUGACCUCCUAGGGUUUCGAUGUGCUGUGUUCUCAUCCUACAGCUGGUUUGGUAAUGAUCUGCAAGUCCCGGAGAGCAACAGCACAGCUCUGCCUGACGCUCUCAUUAAAAUCUAUGCAGCCAAGCCUGGAGCUUUGUAGCAGCCGGCCUUGGGAAGCCUCCUCAGCUGGGGGGUGGGCUGGGGCCCAGUCAGCUGAGAGGCCCUCUGGGCUCUACUUACACAUAUGUGCAAAUCCCACCCCCCACCCCCCCCACCAAAUGCUUCUUUAAACCUGGAGUCCUUUAAGAUGAUAAAGGACUCUAUGCAGGUAAUCAUGUGUCUUUGGACUCUUGUAAUUGUAGAAUGCAAAGUUUAGUGAUUAUUUAUACUGGGCCCGUGAGGACUCAAGCACUGAAGCCAACGAGCCACCUCCUUUCCUGGUCUGCUCAGCCCAGGGGACCCGCCCCCAUUCCUGUGGCCCCGGGGCCCAGCUUCCAACGGACAGGCUGUGUUAGGAGUGACUGGUGGCUUUGCCCCAGUUAUGAGACGAGUACAUUCCAAAGGAGCAGCCUCUGGGAGGGGGCAGGCCCUUGAUCCCUUGGAAGCUCAGAGCAGCCACCCCAAGCUCCAGCUUGCCUCCGGAAGCUUGAGCGCCCUCAGAAACGACCCUGGCCAAUGUCACCGCAGAGCUGAGGCGGUGUUGUCAGGGCUAAUGUGAAAUCUCUUCCCGUGGCGCCGAUCCUCUGGCUCUGCAGCGCCAGCUUGGACAGAUUGAGGUCUCUGUGGCUUUGGUGACCCUGCUUAAGCAUUCCCAUCGUGUCCUGGCUCUGCUCUCAGCAUGCCUCCCACUGCAAACCCCUCACCUGACUCGAAGGCCUGGGGAUGGGACAGUGCCCCAAGGCCAGGGGCUUGUGCUCAGGAGACGAGUCAGCCUUCCUAGGGGCAUCAGGCUUUGAGCUCUACUGGGGUCCUGCUGACCUGGGGACCAGGUGUUGCCCAGAGACACACCUUGCUUCAGUGAGUGCUAGGGAACAAUGUUAUUAACUUUACUCAGUUAACUCACUUGAGAAACUAACCAGUUUUCACUUACUGUAUAGAAUGAUGUACGUGUAGGAGAGUGAGCCAUAAUGCUCCCAAAGUGCCUUCUUUUCUCUGAUAUAAGCAUAUUUGUAAGGACCUAUUCCCGUGGAUUCUUGGGUGUGUUUGCCACAUCGAGGUGUUCGGGAGCGAGCACACAUGUAGUGGGGACACAGGCUGAAAAUGGGUCCCUUUUCCCCAAGGACGGAGAAGGAGCUUCAAGUAGAGAUCUGAGCAGUGGGCUUCAGCCAAACCCCAAAGCGGCCCUUUCCCUUUGCCCUACUACUCAGGUCCUCAGAAGCAUGUCCAGUUUUUUAAAGCCCUGUGGCUCCCAGCCUGGUCUCGCUUCCGAGCCAGGCUCAUGUGCCUACCACAUUAGCUCCCCAGUGACCCGAAGAUUCCAUGUAACUGUAUACAAGCCAAUAUUUUAAAUAAUUUGAUAAAAUCUUUGUAGCCACUCAGCCA